AUGUCUUUUUCCUCUAGCGACGAUGAUACUUCGGCUCUUUCUCUCCAGUCAUCUCUUGAGGACCUCUCACUAGAAUUCACCACAGACCGGAAGUUCAUCAGAUGGGCGAAUGCAAAUCCUCGACACCCCCGAAAUUGGACGACGAACCGCAAGGUCUAUGAUACCGCCAUCAUUAUAUGGCUAGAGUUCUUUACGACUGCCAUUAGUGCAAGUGGAGCCUCAGCAGCAGCAGACGCCCAGCACGAAUAUGGCAUUUCUCACACAUUAUCUGUAUUUCUUUUUAUUUCUAUGUUCGUAUCGCUCAUCCCUUUUUGUACGGAAUCAGCUUCGCGUGUUCUGACUUGGCCUAAUCUUAGAUAUCUCAUUGGACAGAGUAUUGGUGGCAUUGUCUUUCCACCUUUCUCGGAAUGCUUCGGGAGGCGAUGGCUGUACAUCAUUAGCAUGGCGGUUUACUGCAUUUCUUGUUUAAUCACUGGCCUGGUCCCCUCAAUCUCAGGUGUGGUAGUUGGCCGUUUCUUCAGUGGUUUCACGUCAGCCAUUCCCACGGCCGUGGUGCCUGGCAGUAUUGAGGAUCUCUAUAAUGCCAAAGAUCGAAUUGUCUUUGUCUUCCUCUGGGCCAUGCUGGCAAACACAGGCCUCAUUAUUGGACCAAUAAUGGGAACUUACGUUGUGAGCACCCUUGGAUGGAGGUGGAUAUUCUACAUUGGAGCAAUCGUAGUUGGCAUCACUACGGCCUUCCUCUUCAAUCUUCAAGAGUCCAGACACACUAUUCUUCUCGAAAACGAAGUCUCCAAGCUUCGGAAAGUAACCGGAAUGCAGGAACUACGUGCUCUCAACCCAGACCACGUUCCCGACCUCCGAACAUUCCUUCAAUCGGCUGUUUUUCGACCGGCGCGAUUCCUCGUCACAGAGCCUAUUGUAUUUCUCGUAUCGACUAUAGCCAGUAUUGCUUUUGCGAUGGUUUAUCUUUUCACCGAAGCGCUCCCUACUAUAUAUGGCGACAUGGGUUUUACAUCUCAAACAUCUUCCCUGCCCUUUUUAGCUCUCGGGUGUGGAUUUCUACUCAGCUCCCUCACACGAGUCCUCGAUCAUGCUAUUCUGGACAAGCUUUAUCGGGAAGGCAAGCCAAUCACCCCAGAAUCAAAGUUGAUAGGCUUCUCCAUUGGAGCGCCUGUGCUUGCCCUUGGGCUGUGGUGGUUCGCCUGGACAAUCCCGCCCUUCGUGCCAAACGUGCACUGGAUCGUCUCGGCCACGGCUCUCGUGCCAGUUGGGUAUUCUCUCAAUGAGAUCGACACCGUGCUUGCCGGUUACCUGGCAGACAGCUAUCUAAGCUACGCUUCCAGUGGAUUCGCCGCCAUGUCGUUCCUUCGCGCCAUUCUAUCGGCUAUAUUUCCUCUGUUCACGGAGAAAAUGUACGCUGAUCUGAAUGCCAACGUUGCAACAUCUGUUUUGGCGGCUGUGUCUACUGUUUUCUGUAUUAUACCCCCGCUUUUCAUACGCAUGGGGGCUAGGAUCCGGAAAAGAAGCACGUUCGCUGAGCGAAGCUUGCAGAUAUACAUGGAAUCUACGGUCGAUGUUGACGGCUACUAG